AUGGCUCGGGCACUCAUAGACGUUACCUGUUGGUUAGUCAUAGUCGUUUUUCACCAGUCACUCAGUCUUAUUACACGUCGAUCAGUGAUAGUUGUUGUCGACCAGUCACUCGUAGUGUUUACUUGUCUGUCACUCAUAGUCAUUAUCUACCUGUCACUCAGUUUCAUUACCUGUCGUUCACUUAUAGUCGUAACUAGUAGUUGUUACCUGUCGAUCACUGACAGUCGCUAUCUCUGGGUACACUCAUAUUCGUUACCUAUCGAUCAUUUAGUCGUUAAUGUCAGUCCCUUGAAUCCAUUAUCUGUUAGCCGCUCAUAUUCGUUACCUUCUCUACUUUCUUUUUAUCUGUAUUUUUCUCUCUCUCUCUCUCCCUCCCUCUCUCUCUUUCUCUCUCUCUCUCUCUCGCUCUUUCUAUCUCUGUAUAUAUCUCUCUCUUGUAUAUCUAUCUAUCUCUCUUGCUAUCAUCUCUCUCUCUCUCUCUCUCUCUCUCUCUCUAUCUAUCUAUCUACCUAUUUCACCCCAUCAUCAUUCCAGUACCUUCCUCACUACUCCAACACCCUCCUCACUACUCCAACACCAUCCUCUCUAUUCCAGCACCCUCCGGUAUCCUCUUCAUUAUUUCAGUACCCUCCUCACGACUCCAGCGCCCCCUCACUACUCCAGCACCCUCCUCACUAUUCCAACACCCUCCUUACUACUCCAGAAAGCCUCAUCACUAAUCCAGCGCCCCCUCACUACUCCAGCACCCUCCUCACUAUUCCAACACCCUCCUUACUACUCCCGCGCCCCUCACUAUUCCAACACCCGACCCACUACUCAAGCACCCCCUCACUAUUCCAACACUUUCCUUACUACUCCUGCGCCCCCUCACUAUUCCAACACCCUCCUCACUAUUCCAGCACCCUCCACAUUUUUCAAGCACCGUCCUCACUACUCCAGCACCCUCCUCAUUAUUCUUUUAUUUUUAUGACACAUUCACGUGAAAAAUAUCUAUGGCUGUUCAUAUCUAUCUAUCUAUCUAUCUAUCUAUCUAUCUAUCUACCUAUUCUCAAUCAGCUUAUGAUUUAUCUAUCUAUCUAUCAUUUAUUUGGGUACAUAUGA